AUGCCAGUCCGAGAAGCUGCAGAGAUGCUCAACUGUCACCUGCGUAACUGGCCCCGUGACAGCGACAACCUCAUGUCCUGGUCCAGCUCGCUCCUCUUUGCACUCCAAUACGCUCUCUACCGCAACAUUAAGCCCAACCCCGAUAACCUCUCAGAUAUCCAAGUAUUCGUGCUAGACACCUCGGGCCUCCCGCCAGGGGCAUUCAUCCCGGAUACCGCUCUCUUGAAUGUCUACGCCGGCAAGGAUUCGCACAGAGAGUACAAUCUCUCCAAAAUACGACACCUCCGCCGGAACACCUCGUACAACUUUGGAGAGUACUUGUGUCAAGGGUCCCUGUCCAUAGAAGGCCACUCGAUCUCCGCCAGCCUGCAGGACAUCAUAGGCCACGGCCUAUUCAAGCUGUGUCCUGAGAUGCAGGAGCCGAACGAGAAGCCAGAGCUGGCCAAGAGAGUCUGCAAGCUGCGGACAGAUUGCUUCGCGGUCACAACCUCUGCAACCCGGCUCGAGGUUCGCACGGCAUUGAGCCUUGCGAUCGGUUGUUUCGGGGACGAGUGGGCGUUGCCGAUGAUGGCUGCCCUACUAUCAUUCCGCAGGCGGCGUCGUAACGACUCGGUGAUCAUUGACGCUUUCAAGGCUAAUUUCUCAGGCAAAGAGAUGCUGCGACAUGACCUGGGAGCUCUCAAGUCCUUCUCGCACGAGAAACUCCCCGAGGUCUACCAGUUUGAGAAGAUCAUUCAAGAUAUCCACAGUGACCAGUGCACAAGAGCACUAGACUCGGUCAUAGCUUCAACAAUGAAGCUCUCUCUUUCGUCUCAGUCACCUGCGACACCGGCGAAGUUUGUACCGCUGAUCAACUACAUUGAUAUUGAUGAGGAUGAAAUAUGGGAUGUGUGA